GGCUAGUUAGCAACCGUCAACUGAUAUAAUGGCUAAAAAGGCAGCAGCUGCAGCUAACCCAUCAGCUGGCAAGGGUGGAGCCAAGUCAAAGAAAAAGUGGUCAAAGGGUAAGGUCAAGGACAAGGCUCAAAACGCCGUCGUUCUCGACAGACCAACCUACGACAGAAUCCUUAAGGAAGUUCCAACCUUCAAGUUGAUCUCUCAAUCAACCCUCAUCGACCGUCUGAAGAUCAAUGGCUCUCUCGCCCGUAUUGCUAUCCGCCACCUUCACAGAGAGGGAGCUAUUCGCCAAAUUGUUCACCACAACGGUCAACUCAUCUACACCCGUAGUGGCCAAAACUAAGCUCUUCUGAUGUGUAUACGUAUGCAGAUAGUUAAAAAUGCCUUA